AUGGACUCCAGAAUGGCGUCACAUCUUGCUACCCAUGUGUCAACUGUAGUUCUCGGACUGCUGUUCAUACUGCCUGGUAUAGUAAAGACAGUGCGCUUGAAUACAACACUUUACCGGGAAAUGUUAAAGACAUUCAAGAAUUUCACUGAAGUAUCACCACUAAGGCAUAUUGGAGUGAUACCUAGUCCUCAAAUCUACAUGCAGUCUAUGGGAGUUUUCGAACUAUUACUAGGCACUACGUUGGUUGUUGGACAUGUAUCGUUCAAGAAAUUCGCUUGUCUGGGAAUUAUGGCUCUUAUGCUGCUCACAACAUAUUGUCAGGUCGCCUUAAAAGAUUACAGUGCAACCAUUGUGCCUUGUGGAUACUUUUGCCUUCUUAGCAGGUUAUAUUUCUCUCUGGACAAACUUGAAGAUCGACGACCAAAGAAUAAACAGAGAAAUCAAACUACCAAAUUAUUUUAUACCCAACCGUUAACUCAUAGAACUUUAUUUAACAACCAGCAGUUUAGUGUCAGUGCUUGCCAACAUUUUAUUUUAGUUGUAAGCUCAAAACAUGUGACGUCUUAUUGUUAUGAAGGUCUAAAAAAUCAUAAUACCUGGCAGCAGAAGAUUGAGAAGAUCGAAGAGGAAAGAACGGGAACAGAGAGUAAUUGGUAUGGAAAUGCAGGAACAAUGAAGUCUGAAUCAAUUGAUGAACAUUUUACAAAUUCAGUAUUGGAGUAUGGUUCUUCUAUUUUACCAAGUAACUCUAUGGAUUCCUCUCGAUCAUUCUUCUGUAUAGGAUUACAUCUACUCUAUUCAAGUUAUGGGGAUGUUACCAGAGAAUUACUAACGAAUUUCUUAUUUUUAAGCGGAGAAUCAGUUGACUAA